AUGAAUUUUACAGAGACACGUACCACAGAUUAUCUGUAUUCAGACUAUGCUUCUCUAAUCGCACAACCUUGUUCUAAGUUGGAAGUCAGAAACUUCACAAAAGCAUUUCUGCCAGUUGCGUAUUCGUUGAUUUGCAUCGUCGGCCUAGUUGGUAACAUCUUUGUAGUGAUGACCUUUGCUUUAUAUGAAAGAACCAAGUCCAUGACGGAUGUGUACCUCUUCAACAUGGCCAUAGCAGACAUACUGUUUGUUCUCACUCUCCCACUGUGGGCAGUGAAUUAUGCUGCUGAUGAAUGGAUUUUCGGUGAUUUCAUUUGCAAAAUGGCCAGAGGUAUCUAUGCAAUCAACUUCAGCUGCGGCAUGCUGCUUUUGGCCUUUAUCAGUGUGGACCGGUACAUUGCUAUCGUACAGGCAACAAAGUCAUUUAAAUUCAGGGCAAGAACACUCGCAUAUAGUAAGAUCAUUUGUUUGGUCGUGUGGGUAUCCUCAAUUUUAAUCUCUAGUUCCUCUUUUCUAUACAGUGAAAGUUACAGCUUCUCCACCAAUGAAACCAAAGAGAUUUGCGAUCACAGAUUUCACAGAAUGUCUGACAGCACGAUGCUGAAAUCACUGCUGCUGUGUCUACAAGUUGGAUUUGGGUUUUUUGUACCUUUCAUAUUCAUGAUUUUUUGCUAUACAUUCAUUGUCAAAUCCUUACAACAAGCUCAGAAUUCCAAAAGAAACAAAGCAAUCCGUGUGAUUGUAUUAAUUGUAGCUGUUUUCCUAGUUUGCCAGGUACCUUAUAACAUUGUUCUUCUUAUGACAGCCGUAAAUAUGGGCAAGAUAGACAAAUCUUGUGACAAUGACAAGAUAAUGACCUAUGUGAAAUACACCACUGAAGCCAUAGCAUUUUUACACUGUUGUGUGAACCCUGUGCUCUAUGCAUUUAUUGGCGUGAAGUUCAGAAGUUAUUUUGUGAAGAUAAUGAAGGACCUAUGGUGCAUGAGAUACAAGAAAUACAAUAAACGUAGUUCAAGGACAAACUCUGAUAUUUAUCACUCAAGACAGUCCAGUGAAAUUCUGACUGAUAAUGCAUCUUCUUUUACUAUAUAAUACAAUUUGAACAACAUUAUUACUGAGGGACUCUUCUCACCAAGCAACCCAAACCAGU